AUCUUCAAUCCAUCAUCGCACCCUGCAGGAUUUGACGUUCAAUGUGGCAGAAGAAGAGAUAAAAAGUGUCUCGUGGAUUGCAGGCCAAACUGAGGACAGGUGUCCCCGGUGGAGGGCCACGUGGCGCCAACCCACGGCGCAUUUCCUGCAUACCACCCACAGAAAAACAAAUCAGGCUGCUAAUUUUCCCCCCAAGACUGGAAACUUCGAGAAAAUUUGAAUAAGGCAGUAUUGUCAAACUGACGAUUAUCCGGGAAAAUAAGGAAAAUGGCAAACCAAGAAAAAAGAAAAACACAUGCCUGUCGGUAGCUCCCGGCUGCCCUUCAGCCCAUCACGCUAUAAAUGUCUCUGCGAAUUCAGUUUCUCCCAGCAGAAAAGGAUCGCCAAGAAAAUACUCUGCGGUGAAGGAAGAAGAAAGAAACAGAGCCAUGUCUCGCACAGCUGGUCAGAUUAUUAGAUGCAAAGCGGCGGUGGCGUGGGAAGCGGGGAAGCCGCUGGUGAUGGAGGAGGUGGAGGUGGCGCCGCCUCAGGCAAUGGAAGUCCGGUUGAAGAUCCUCUUCACCGCCCUCUGUCACACUGAUGUUUACUUCUGGGAGGCCAAGGGACAAACACCUGUGUUUCCUCGUAUAUUUGGUCAUGAAGCUGGAGGAAUUGUGGAGAGCAUAGGUGAAGGCGUAACUGAUUUGAAACCAGGAGACCAUGUGCUUCCUGUGUUCACAGGGGAGUGCAAGGAGUGCCGGCAUUGUAAAUCUGAGGAGAGCAACAUGUGUGAUCUCCUGAGGAUUAACACUGAUAGGGCCGUGAUGAUCAGCGACGGCAAGUCGAGAUUCUCCAUCAAUGGGAAGCCCAUUUACCACUUCCUUGGCACCUCCACCUUCAGUGAAUACACCGUCGUUCAUGUCGGUUCUGUUGCCAAGAUCAACCCAGAUGCCCCACUUGACAAAGUUUGUGUUCUCAGUUGUGGAAUAUCCACAGGUCUUGGUGCCGCUCUGAAUGUUGCGAAACCAAAGAAGGGUUCAUCUGUUGCCGUUUUUGGAUUGGGGGCAGUGGGACUAGCUGCUGCUGAAGGUGCUCGUAUUUCUGGGGCUUCUAGGAUUAUCGGUGUUGAUUUGAAUCCCAAUCGAUUCAAAGAAGCUAAGAAGUUUGGAGUUACUGAGUUUAUCAAUCCAAAAGAUUAUAACAAACCCGUUCAAGAGGUGAUUGCUGAGAUGACUGAUGGAGGAGUGGAUCGGAGCAUAGAAUGUACUGGGAGCAUUAAUGCCAUGAUAUCAGCAUUUGAAUGUGUUCAUGAUGGUUGGGGUGUUGCUGUUCUCGUUGGUGUGCCGAGCAAAGAUGAUGCUUUCCAAACGCAUCCGGUGAACUUGUUGAAUGAGAGGACUCUCAAGGGUACCUUCUUCGGCAACUACAAGCCUCGCUCCGAUCUCCCUUCCGUUGUUGAAAUGUACAUGAAGAAGGAGUUGCAAGUGGAAAAGUUCAUCACGCAUGAGGUCCCUUUCUCCAACAUCAACAAAGCAUUUGACUACAUGUUGCGAGGUGAAGGCCUACGUUGCAUCAUCCGCAUGGAGUCUUAGCUGACUAGCUAGAACACUCCCGAGUUGGUGCACAUAUGCCAGCCCCUGGGACAGUGGAGCGGAGUUGAUACGGUAAAUAAGAGACGAACCUUUGGUUGUCGCGGGUUUGUUUUGUUGUGAAUGGAGAGCGGAGUUGUCUAGGUUUACUUUGUUCAUUUGAUGACCUUUGUAUUGUUGUUGAUGAGUUAAAAGAUAUUAUGCAUCACUUCUCCAUAUUGGUUUAUCUCCUCUAUGAUGUCAUACAAUGAUGCAAGCUAACUGAAAUUUAAGAUGUAAUCUCGGGAGUGAAUUUAAUGCGAAAGUUUAAUUUAUCUUAA